GAUCCUGACUACCAUGGCUAGUCAUAGUAGCACUAGGCUUUUGGCUUUCGCCUUCAUUGUCCUUCUCAGCAUCGGGCUCACCUCUGCCACUAGAUCCCUCAUCGAAAUCAGUGGUGGAGGUGGUGGUGGACGUGGUGAUGGUGGCGGCGGCGACGGCUAUGGCAGUGGUUCUGGAUCUGGUUACGGUGAGGGAUAUGGUGAGGGAGUUGGUGGAGGAUACGGAAAGGGUGGCGGAGGUGGCGGAGGAGGUGGACGAGGCGGCGGUGGCGAAGGCUCGGGCUAUGGGUCCGGGUAUGGCUCUGGUUCGGGCUAUGGGUCCGGUGCUGGAGGUGAACAUGGUGGAGGCUACGGGAAGGGUGGAGGUGGUGGUGGUGGAGGCGGCUCCGGCGGAGGGCACGGAGGCGAAGGCUCGGGCUAUGGGUCCGGGUAUGGCUCUGGUUCGGGCUAUGGGUCCGGUGCCGGAGGUGAACAAGGUGGGGGCUACGGGAAGGGUGGAGGUGGUGGUGGUGGAGGUGGCUCCGGCGGAGGGCACGGAAGCGGGAGUGGGUCGGGAUAUGGCUCUGGAGGUGGUUCUGGGUAUGGUGCCGGUGGUGCCCAUGGCGGAGGCUAUGGCAGUGGCGGCGGUGGUGGAGGUGGCGGCGGAUCGGGCAGCGGCUCCGGCUCCGGCUCUGGCUAUGGACAUGGUUACGGUUCCGGCUAUGGCAGUGGCGGGGGCGGAAAUGGACACUACUAAAGCAAAAUCCCCACCCUAUAAUAUGCCUUGCAUAAUAGGUCCAUAAUGCUCUCUCGAUGUACGUAGUUUAGAAUAAAUUUGCGCUUUUAUGCCUGUUAGUGUGUGGAAGGGCAUACUUCUCGCUUGCAUAUUAAAUAAAGAAAAGUUUAUAGUAU